CUCAGACUGCUUGGCAAGACGCUUAGCCGUUUUCUGAGUCGUGAAGUAUUGGAUAUUAGCGUCCGUAGAUCGAGUUGAGAACGUUAACAAGUAAAGUGUAGUGGUGGAGGCACGCGUUCACAGCUUCAGUUCAACAACAUUGUGUGAUAUGAGUGUGUCGCGAGUCAAAAGACUGUCAACGUCAACAAUAAUAUUAAACAGAGUUGCUAUUGUUGAUAUUUUUGCAUACAGACGAGUACCGACUUUGCCUGCUAGUGUGUGUUAUUAUUGUUUUCUUGUUUGCUAGUCAACCAGCGCAUAUUAAUUGAAUACCUUGGAUUGAGCUCCGCGGGUGAGAAGUGUGUUUGUUUACAAAUUCAGAUGCGCAGCGUAAAAUCCACACUUAAUAUAUCCGGCAGUGGAGUCCAAAGGCGUACUGUUCUUGUUGCUCUAAUUUCGUUAGUGAUACUACUUAAACAUGUUCCUCCAACGCAUAGUGCGCCACAUACCAGCUCAUUACGCGAUGUGUGCGGUCAUACGUUGCGCAGGCCAAGCAGUUUUUUUGGCCGUCACUUUGAUUCGACAUUCUUAAAGCAUUUUUUCAAACAUUUAAUACCCUUCACCAGUUCGGCACGCGUUAAAAUGCAGUUCUACUUAUAUAAACGUGACUUUGCAGAAUGCGGUCGUGAGAUCAUUACCGACGAUCAUAACACUUUGGAUAUGUCUGAUUUCAAUCCAGAGCACCCAACAAGAAUCAUCAUACAUGGCUGGAUGAGUCAGAGUAAGGGCGCCUUGAAUCGUGCCGUCAAAAAUGCUUAUCUCAGUCUAGUCAAACGCGUGCCACAGCCAGCUGGCGGUAGUCUUUCAGAUGCAUCACCUUAUGAGCACCACACAACAGACAGUCCGUCAGCAAUUGAGAAUGACUUCAGAAACAACAAUAAAAUUGACAUUGAUUUGGACACCGGUUAUCGGUUGAACAUGAAUGCCACAAACAAUGACAAGCCGACUGACUUCAAUGUCAUCGUCUGCGAUUGGAGUGUGAUCGCAUCGAAUGUCAAUUACUACAGCGUUGUCGAUAUGGUUGAGGAUCUUGGUCGCUUACUUGUGGAUUUUACGAAUUUUUUACACCUACGCACCGGCCUCAACUACAAUGAUGUCUACUUAAUCGGUCACUCACUGGGUGCACAAAUAGCCGGCAGCGCUGGCAAGCAGGCGUUCCCACACCGUUUCAAUACGAUUUAUGCGCUGGAUCCAGCGGGUCCGAAAUUUCGCGACUUAAGCGAUGAAUAUCGUGUCGACCCCACUGAUGCCGACUAUGUGGAGUCCAUACAAACGAGCAGUAGUUUGGGUUUUGAGGAACCCGUUGGUCAUGCCACUUUCUAUCCGAAUUAUGGUCGUGAUCAGAAAAAGUGUUAUUUUUAUGGUUGUUCACAUCGGCGUGCCUAUCAUUAUUUUGCCGAAUCGAUCACUAGUAAACUGGGCUUUUGGGGUACGCUGUGCCGUCGGCAAGCAGAUGAUGUUUGGAUUAUAUCCGAGUCGGGCGCAGAGUUUAUUAUGGGUGGUGAGCCUUCUACGCCGAAGCGUGGCACAUUUUAUGUAAAGACUGCCGCCCGGCCGCCGUAUGCUUUGGGUCGCAGUAUACAACCCGAGCGGCUGGUGACGCCUGCGAUAGAUUUUCCAGAUAAUGAUGACAUUGCCGCCAAGUACACUUUGGAAGAGGUGCAGAGUGUUUAGUGUGAUUUUAGCGAUUUUUGUAAAUUAUAUAUUAAUAUUUUUUUGCGUUUAAUUUAUUAUAUGU